CAGCCAAAAUUGGAGGCGACGCUGCUACAACAGUGAAUAACAGCACUCCUGAUUUUGGUUUUGGGGGCCAAAAGAGGCAGUUGGAAGAUGGAGACCAACCGGAGAGCAAGAAACUGGCUUCUCAGGGAGACUCCAUCAGUUCUCAACUUGGACCCAUCCAUCCUCCUCCCAGGACUUCAAUGACAGAGGAGUACAGGGUCCCAGACGGCAUGGUGGGACUGAUCAUCGGCAGAGGAGGCGAACAGAUUAACAAAAUCCAGCAGGAUUCAGGCUGCAAAGUCCAGAUCUCUCCAGACAGUGGUGGCCUCCCUGAGCGCAGUGUGUCCUUGACAGGAGCCCCAGAAUCUGUUCAGAAAGCGAAGAUGAUGCUGGAUGACAUCGUCUCUCGGGGUCGUGGGGGUCCCCCGGGACAGUUCCACGACAACGCCAAUGGGGGCCAGAAUGGCACGGUGCAGGAGAUCAUGAUCCCCGCGGGGAAGGCCGGCCUGGUCAUUGGCAAGGGCGGGGAGACCAUUAAGCAGCUGCAGGAACGAGCUGGAGUGAAGAUGAUACUAAUUCAAGAUGGUUCCCAGAAUACGAAUGUGGACAAACCCCUUCGCAUCAUUGGGGAUCCUUACAAAGUGCAACAAGCCUGUGAGAUGGUGAUGGAUAUUCUCCGGGAACGUGACCAGGGCGGCUUUGGGGACCGGAACGAGUAUGGAUCCCGGAUUGGCGGGGGCAUCGAUGUCCCAGUGCCUAGGCAUUCUGUCGGUGUGGUUAUUGGCCGGAGCGGAGAGAUGAUCAAGAAGAUCCAGAAUGAUGCUGGCGUGCGAAUCCAGUUUAAACAAGACGAUGGGACAGGUCCUGAGAAGAUAGCUCACAUAAUGGGGCCCCCAGACCGGUGCGAGCACGCAGCGCGGAUUAUCAACGACCUCCUCCAGAGCCUCCGGAGUGGUCCCCCAGGCCCUCCGGGGGGUCCUGGCAUGCCUCCUGGGGGCCGAGGCCGAGGCAGGGGCCAAGGCAACUGGGGCCCUCCUGGCGGGGAGAUGACCUUCUCCAUCCCCACGCACAAGUGUGGGCUGGUCAUCGGCCGAGGUGGCGAGAAUGUGAAAGCCAUAAACCAGCAGACAGGCGCCUUUGUAGAGAUCUCCAGGCAGCUGCCACCCAACGGGGACCCCAACUUCAAACUGUUCGUCAUCCGGGGCUCGCCCCAGCAGAUCGACCACGCCAAGCAGCUCAUCGAAGAGAAGAUCGAGGGUCCCCUCUGCCCAGUUGGACCAGGCCCGGGGGGACCAGGCCCAGCUGGCCCCAUGGGGCCCUUCAAUCCCGGGCCCUUCAAUCAGGGGCCGCCAGGGGCUCCCCCUCAUGCUGGGGGACCCCCUCCUCACCAGUACCCACCCCAGGGCUGGGGCAAUACCUACCCCCAGUGGCAGCCGCCUGCUCCUCAUGACCCAAAUAAAGCCGCCGCAGCUGCCGCAGACCCGAACGCAGCCUGGGCCGCCUACUACUCACACUACUACCAGCAGCCCCCAGGCCCGGUGCCCGGCCCCGCCCCUGCCCCCGCGUUUUUUUUCGCACAGGGCGAGCCCCCUCAGCCCCCGCCCACUGGCCAGUCAGACUACACGAAAGCCUGGGAAGAGUAUUACAAGAAGAUCGGCCAGCAGCCCCAGCAGCCUGGCGCCCCUCCGCAGCAGGACUACACAAAGGCCUGGGAGGAGUACUACAAGAAGCAGGCUCAAGUGGCCACUGGAGGGGGUCCGGGAGCGCCCCCAGGCUCCCAGCCAGACUACAGCGCUGCUUGGGCCGAAUAUUACAGACAGCAAGCCGCUUACUACGGACAGACUCCAGGUCCUGGCGGCCCCCAGCCUCCACCCACACAGCAGGGACAGCAGCAGGCUCAAUGAAUCGAAUGAAUGUGAACUUCUUCAUCUGUGAAAAUUCUUUUAUUAUUAUUUUUCCAUUUUGUUUCAUUUGGGGGCUUUAUUUUGUUUUUCGGUUGUUUUUCCAUUUGGUGAGAGCGGUGGCUACCAUGGGGGGCGGGGGGCCCUCUCUGUGAGUGGCUCGGAGGUCAGUGCCUGGCUCUCUCACUCUCGCUCAUUCUGUGUGUCUCACAUGCUUUUUUCUUUCAAAAUUGGGAUCCUUCAUGUUGAGCCAGCCAUAGAAGAUAGCGAGAACUAAAUCUCUGCCAAAAAAAAAAUUUUUUUUAAAUAAAAAAACACAAAAAGCAAAACAACCUAUAAAAUUAUAUAGAUAUAUAUAUAAAUCUCUAUUCCCCCCCCCCCGCCCCAGUCUUUCUGAAACUGCUUCUUUCAGGGGAAAGCAAUUCAUUUUCUCCCUGCCAUCCUUGGCCCUCUUCAUGUUUUUAAAAUAAACUUUUAAAAAGGAAAAAAAGUCACUCUUGCUAUUUCUUUUUUUUAGUUAGAGUUGGAACAUUCCUUGGACCAGGUGUUGAUAUUGCAGGACAAACCGCCCCGCCCCGCCCCCAGCCCCUGGCCUCUCUGCUCCUCCUCU